UCAAGACUGACUCUCUCAGGGAACUGUAUAGACAAGACUCUGCAAUCAAGGUUGACACUGUCAAGAGACUGUGUAUCAAGAAGCUGCCCAAAGUGCUGGUCAUCCAACUGAAGAGAUUUGAUUAUGAUUGGGAAAGGGAGACAGCUGUCAAGUUCAAUGACUACUUUGAGUUCCCCAGAGAGUUUGACAUGGCUCCGUACACAGCUGCUACCCUGGCCAAGACAGAGGGUGGAGAGGGCGUCUCCAGUGGAAAUAUGGACAGUGGGGACAAGCCCAGCAGUACGCCUGGAGACGAGCCAGGUGAUGGUGUGAGCACUAAGUACCGACUCAAGGGGAUCGUGGUCCACAGUGGGCAGGCCAGCGGGGGACACUACUACUCUUUCAUUCAAGUCAGGAAACCACCCGGCUCCAACACCCCCAAGUGGUUCAAGUUUGAUGAUGGAGAUGUCACUGAAGCAAAAAUAGAAGAUGAAGAGGAGUUCAAGGCUCAGGCAUUUGGUGGUGACUACACAGGAGAGGUCUAUGACCAUGUCCUAAAGAAGACUCACUAUCGCCGUCAGAAGAGAUGGUGGAGUGCCUACUUACUGUUCUAUGAUAGACUGGACCAAGAGAGUGCAUUUGAUGAGUGUCUAGAGAAGAUGAGUCCCCUGCCUGGGCCCAUCCAGCAGCUGGUGCAGAAACAGAACAUGGAGUUCAAUCACAACAAGGGACAUUUCAACUACUCAUACUUCCACUUCAUGAAGCAGCUGCUCAAUCUAAACUAUAACUACAUCAGAGCUCAACUGGAACAAGACCCCUCCAAAACUGCUGAGUUGGAGUCCCUUGGGUUGAGGUGUGUACAGCUGGCAACAACCUUCCUGUUUCAUUGUGGAUUCCAUACAAAGAAGACGUUGAGAGGUCCAGCGUCUGACUGAUACGAGGCCAUCCAGCCGUACCUCAUGUACAGUAUGAACAUUCGCCAUUGGUUUGUGGACACUGUGUUCCUACAGCACAAAGGCAGGUUCUGUGAGUACCUCCUCGAGUGCCCCUCCGUUGAGAUAAGGAAUGUAUUUGCCAAGCUGCUCACCUUCCUGUGCUGGGUAACCAACAAAGACCCUAAGAUCGAAGUGGAGGUUACCACUCACAAUGGAAUAGAGAAAUCUCAGACUGUGUUUAGUGAGAUAGCACUCAACGGUCUGUUGCAGCUGCUCAAGAAGGAGGUCUCAAAUCACAGCAGACAUUUACAGCAGUAUUUCCAAGUCUUCCUCAACUAUGCCAGCAAGGGGUCAUUUGAACGAUGAGACUGUGGGAAUUCCUUGAGUACUAUUCUAUGCACUUUUGGAGCUAAUUUGUGCCAAUAUUGUGCCGCAAUGGCUACAUAGACACUUGGCAGCACCAUCGUCUUUUAACCUCCCUCAAAGGGUUCACGCACCACUCUGACGGGCUCAUUGAGUCAUCCAACACGGACAAAACCACUACCAGAAGAAAGCCUAUCUUUGUAUCAAAUUUCUAAUUCACAUGUGCAAUAGAUGUCACCAGUUACAGAAGAUAUUAAACGAGGACAGCUACCUAAAGCAAGUGUGGAGCAUGGCGUUAGUUUGGCUGCAGACGGAAAUGGACAGGAGGCCGUACACUGGCACUGGGUACAGCUACUCCAGUUGGUCUCCACCUGCCCAGUCCAACGAAGCGUCCAACGGUUAUUUCCUAGAGCGCUCCAACAGUGCUAAGCUAACACUCAAGAGAGCAAAGGAGCUGUUCCCUCUACCAGAGCCCCCAGCUGAGAGCCGUGAGGAAGAGCAGGAGAUUGUACCCGGAGGUGACCCGGAUGCUGGGAUGCCAGCUGAGGCUGCCGAGACCCACGGGACAGAGCGUGGUGGUGACCAUGAGAACGAACCCGAGCGACCUCCGUCUCCACCACUCUUGGACACCAUUGACGAAGUUAAUGUAACUGAUGAGAACACUAGCUCUCAGCAACUGCAAGAGACUGACUAAAAAUAUUUAGUAAUAAUAGUUUUGUGUCUUUUAUCUUUGUAGAAGUCCUGAUUGUUGUAAUGGUGCUGUGUGGUACAUGUACAUGCAGGGUUGUUUCACUGCAUUAAUAUUUACUGUGCUUGAAAUAUUUAACACGCAGGAUUUAAUAAAUUGUCAUUUUACUUUCA